UACAACUAAAUCUUAAACAAUUCCUUCAAUAUGUACAGAUAUAUCAGAAAAUACAAAUGUAAUUUUACCUCUGUCUAAAAUUAAUAAAUAUCGAAAGAAUUUUCAAAAAUAUUUAUACAUUGUAAAGCAUUGUCACAUAACCUUACAUAUCUGUCAAACUUCACGAAAUAUCUCAAAUAAUGUCCCAAAAAUAUUAUCAUGUAACCUCACAUUCUGUAAAGCUUCAUGAAGCAAGUAAUCUUGAAACGUUGCCUUUAGAAUUUAGUAACAAACACGAAUUACCCUUUACGUGUCACGUACGAUUAAAAAGUAGCGCGUAUUACGAUUGUUAAUUGACGCAUCGUCUGUUGAAAUUGAAGCGCUAGUAUCUAAAACUGGUUUUAUAAUACCGUUACAGUGUGGUUCGUAGCCUCACUGAAUGUGACAUUGUCGCGUUAUAUAUAUUGUGUCUCUUAUCGCAGUUUUAAAUAUUAAUCGUAUUAAUGACGACUGUUCAGAGGCAUACAAUUUUUACAAUACAAUCAGGAUUUGUUCUCUGACAUAUAAAGUAUAUUAUUUUCGUGUUAGAUAUUUAUUAAAAAUUGUGUCCAUCACUGUCAAUUUGCCACGUAUAUAUUAGUGUCAACACAAAAAAUUAAAGGCAUAAAAAAAUUAUGUCAAACGAAAUUCCAAAUAAGCGUAUAAUGACGACUUGUAGUAAUGUAUCAGAGCAAGCACAUCAUGUUUCAAGAGCAAAACGUGGACAAGCAAUAGGAAGUAUAAGAGGUUUUCGAGGGUGUACGGUUUGGUUAACAGGCCUUUCUGGUGCAGGAAAAACUUCUAUAGCUUUUCAAGUUGAAGCUAUUUUAGUUAAUCAUGGAAUUGCUGCUUAUGGACUUGAUGGAGAUAAUGUAAGGAGUGGUUUAAACUGCAACCUUGGUUUCAGCAAAGAAGAUAGAAAAGAAAACAUAAGAAGAGUCGCAGAAGUAGCUAAACUAUUUGCUGACAGUGGACAAAUUUGUUUAUGCAGUUUUGUAUCACCAUUUGAAGAGGAUAGACAAAUGGCAAGACAGAUCCAUAAAAUGUCGGAUCUUCCAUUUUUUGAGGUCUUUGUUGAUACACCUCUUAAUGUGUGUGAAGCUAGAGAUACAAAAGGAUUAUAUAAAAAGGCACGUCAGGGGACAAUCAAAGGUUUUACUGGAAUAGAUCAAAUGUAUGAAAGGCCAGUAAAUCCUGAUUUAGUGGUAAUCACUGAAAACUGUACUCCAGAAGAAUCCGCUGCAACUGUUAUUGAUCUUCUGGAGAAACAGUGUAUUAUACCAGUGCUACAAAAACCAUCUAUGCCAAUACGGGAGUUAUUUAUUCCAGAGUCACGAAUAUCUUCUGCCAAAACAGAAGCAGCCACGCUUCAGAGUUUAGAAAUUAGCGAAAUAGAUGUGCAAUGGCUCCAGAUUUUAGCAGAAGGUUGGGCUGCACCUCUUACUGGUUUUAUGAGAGAACAUCAAUAUCUCCAGACUCAACAUUUAAAAUGUCUCCUUGAAGAUGACAAGGAAGUUAAUCAAUCUAUUCCAAUAGUCCUUGCAAUACAUACAGAAGACAAGGAACGUUUGAACGGACUUUCGGCUUUUACAUUGAAAUACAAAAAUAAAGCUCUUGCAAUAUUACGUAGGCCUGAAUUUUAUUUUCACAGAAAAGAAGAAAGAUGUGGUUGGCAGUUUGGUACUAACAAUUUAGGCCAUCCAUAUGUAAAAAUGAUACAUGAAUCUGGAGACUGGUUAGUGGGCGGUGAUAUAGAAGUUAUUGAAAGAAUUAAGUGGCAUGAUGGUUUGGAUAAAUAUAGAUUUACGCCAAAUGAAAUUAGAUCGAAGUGUAAAAAAAUGAAGGCUGAUGCUGUAUUUGCAUUUCAACUUAGAAAUCCAAUACAUAACGGUCAUGCUUUGUUAAUGCAAGAUACUAAAAAACGUUUAUUAGAAGAAAGAGGGUUUAAAAAUCCUAUUCUAUUGUUGCAUCCUUUGGGUGGUUGGACAAAAGAUGAUGAUGUACCAUUGCAUACCAGAAUUUUACAACAUGAAGCUGUACUUAAUGAGGGAGUUUUAGAUGCAAAUUCUACAUUAUUAGCAAUUUUUCCAAGUCCAAUGAUGUAUGCUGGACCAGUUGAAGUACAAUGGCAUGCAAAAGCUAGAAUGAAUGCUGGUGCUAAUUUUUAUAUUGUUGGAAGAGAUCCUGCUGGUAUACCGCAUCCUAAUAAAAACGCAACACCUGAUGGAAAUCUUUAUGAUCCUACUCAUGGAGCUCGAGUUCUCUCGAUAGCUCGGGGUUUACAAUCACUGGAAAUUAUACCAUUUAAAGUUGCAGCAUAUGAUAAAAAAUAUAAAAAAAUGUCUUAUCUUGAUGAAAAACGAAAAGAAGAUUUUGAAUUUAUAUCAGGAACAAAAAUGCGUUGUUUAGCAAAAGCAGGUGAGAAUCCACCUGAUGGUUUCAUGUCACCUAAAGCAUGGUUUAUUCUUGCACAAUAUUAUCAAAAUCUAGAAAAAUAAAAAUUUAUUAAAAAAUCAUUACAAAUUCUUAACACUUUAAAAUAAAGUAUUCAUAAAAUAAAAUUAAUAUUUUAAAUGUUGGAAAAGAUUAAGUAAAAAUAAUAUUGAAACCUGAUGUAAUAUUAAUAUUAUACAUUUAUAUAUUUGUACAGUUUUCUUGUACAGCACAAUUUCAAUGUUUAUCUGUUUUAGAUAAGUUAAUAUCUAUUUACAUUUACUCUUAACGUUUAUACGUUAAUUUUAUUUUAUAUAAAUAUAAAAUUCAAUUAUAUUUUUCAUAAAAAUUUUAUAAAAAUAUAUAUAAUAUAAA